AACCCUAUCCAGAUCAACUCACUCACCCCUCCUCCCUUCCUUCCGCCCGCCGCCUCCCUCUCUCUCUCCCCGAUCCAGAUCGACGCCGCCACCCCUCUCUAACCCUAGCCUUCCUGUCACCGGUAGCGGCGCCCUCCCUCCCUCGCCCUCUCCUCCUCCCCUCCUCACGGCCGCCUCCACCCCGCCACAAACCCCGGCGACCCACCCCGUCUCCGUGCCUGCCUCGGCAACCACCUCCGUCGCGCGUCUGAUUCCCAUCCAUGUCCGCGCCGGCUCCGUCUCUGUCUCCUUUUGUGGGAGGUGAUCCGCACCUAGCCCCACGGCGGGGAGGGGUGGCGACGGCCUCGUGUAGAUCCCAUCCGGACCCCGUAGCAGCCAGUGUUGCCGCCCCCACCUGCUCUCCUCUGCUCCGGGAUCCAUCCAUCCACUAGGGUUCUACGGCCGACCGGAGUCCAGGCCAUGGCGCGGAAGAUGCUCAAGGACAGGGAGGCGCCCGCCGUCGCGUACGGCGGCGAGGAGAGCUACGACUACGACCUCUUCGUCAUCGGCGUCGGCAGCGGUGUCGUCCGCGGCUCCCGCACCGCCGCGGGAUUCGGAGCCAAGGUUGCGAUCUGCGAGCACCCGUUCCACCCUAUCAGCUCGGAUUGGCUGGGAGGACACGGCGGAACGUGCGUGAUACAUGGCUGUCUUUCGAAGAAGAUACUAGUGCAUCAAAGUUACAGUCUGCACCAUGUUGCUGGAAAAAGUUUCGGGUGCAGGACGCCAAGAAUUUCGGGUGGGAGAUCAAUGGGGACAUCAACUACAACUGGAAAAAGUUGCUGGAAAACAAGCACAAGGGUUCCAUGGGGAUACAACAGCAGCAGGACGACCAUGACUCCAUCAAUUGCAAGCUCCAGACUCGAAGGAGGCCCUAUGCAAGGCACCAAGGUGCAUGGUGCUCGCAAGCGACGAACGGAGGCUAUUCGACAUCGGCUACACAAACCACCAUUGAGCUCCAGGUCUAUGAAAUUUGAAGUUCGAAGCUCAUAGCCCUACUCAGCAAAGAGCCGUGUAGACUGUAAAUAUUGUAAUAUUGUAAUAGUAGGCAUAUUUGGGUUGUAAUACACUAUGUACAGAUUGUGGUAGACUUAGUUGUAUUUGGUAAACUAUAUUUGUAUGACCUACUUGUAUUUGGUGAACUAUAUUUGUACUGUUCCGUCUGAAAUAUUGACUAUGUAUGUGAUUUGAAAA